AUGGCGUCUGGCGGCCACAUACUGCAAGCACAGAGGACGAAUAUCGAGACGCAGCUGAAGAGAGCCAUUAACCAGGUGCUUAAGGAGAUAUGUAGAGCAUAUGGCAAGGCAGUUUCGGGCAACAAGGCCGAGUUGCAGAGGAGAUGCAUAGAAAUUCUCAACGAUAUUGCGGCCAGAGGCGACCCAGUGGCACUUGACAACUUCAAGUAUCGACUCACGAAUGAAGGACGAGGACCCUCUACCCAGACUCUGGACUCACCGGCAAACACCUACAGCUCACCUGCACCCGUUCGUAGUGCGUACUCAAUGGCACCUGGCAGAGGCAAUGCGACACUUCCGAACAGGCAGAACCCCAAGCAAUAUUUCAAGGACAGUCCGUUCUACGAGAUCGCAGAAACUGUGCUGCCAUUGACCGACAUUCCUGUGGCUCGUACAGAAAUGCCGCAGAAUCGGAACACUGUCAAGUGCAGCAUCACUCUGACCACAGAGCAAUCGCAACGUCUAGCUAACAGCGACAUGCGCUUGCUCAUGUACUGCGGCCUCGCUCAGUCUGUCUAUUCGAACCAUCCCAUCGACAUCGCAUUCCCGAACCAGAUUGAGGUGAAAGUCAACGAUGACGAUGUCAAAGCAAACUACAAAGGCUUGAAAAAUAAGCCCGGCUCCACCAAACCAGCAGAUCUAACACCAAAAGUCCGCACAAAGGCAAACUAUCCAAACCAAAUCACGAUCACCUAUGCGCUGACCACGAAGAGGUAUGCCUUUUGCAUAUAUCUUGUGCGGUAUGUCAGUGCUGGGAUCCUCACGGACCGCAUCAAAACACAGAGUGUGAUACCACGAGAUAGUGUCAUCAAGGAGAUGCGAAGAGCCAAUGCCGAUCCAGACAUCGAGGCAACGUCAACACGAAUGUCACUUCGCGAUCCGGUGUCGACUGUGCGGAUUACUCUGCCAGUCAGAUCGACUGUGUGCGCACAUACGCAGUGCUUCGAUGGAGCCAUGUUCAUGCAGCUGGUCGAGCAAGCUCCGCAAUGGAACUGUCCAGUGUGUAACAAAGUCCUGCAGUUCAAAGAUCUGUGCGUCGACAAGUAUUUCGAGGAUAUACUGAAGCGGACGCCGCCAAGUAUCGAGAAGGUAGACGUCGAGCCUGACGGUGAAUGGAAGAUGAUCAAGGACGAAGACGAUGACCACACCAAUGGCACCAGUGGCAAAGCGAGAGCACCAUACGAUGAUGACUUCGAUGAUGACAUUGUUGAGCUGGAUGGUCCUACAAACAAGGCAGUGAACGGCGUCAAGACAGAGUCAAUGCCACCGAUUGGUGCACCGGCUGCAUACUCCUUCAACACCCCACCACUGUCAUCACGAGAAGCAUCAGUAGCGCAAUCAACAGCUUCUGUAGCACGAGCCGGUAACAAACGAACAGCAGGCGCGGUGAUUGACCUCACUCUUUCUGACGACGAAGAUCAGCCGCCACGGCCAGCCAAGAGGCACGCUCCUACAACAUCGUCCACAACGCACAAGCAAGGUACCACAAGCUCUUCCCAUUCUGCUCCCGCUCCCGCACAACAGUCGUAUACCACACCAUCAUCCUUAUCGGACUAUGGCCGUUUCUACCAGUCUCAACCUCUUCCGCCGACAGUGCAAGGGUUCCGCCAAGCUGACAGUUUUAGACCCUUGAGUGGGGAGGAUUAUAGAUCUACUACUACUACGACGGCAGGCAAUGAUAGCAUCAGGCUUGUGAAUGAUAGUUAUAGACAUGCCGGUGGCCAGGGCAAUGGUUUCUUGCAUGUGCCUGGCAGUCCACACAACAACAACAACACAACAUCCUAUCAGCAGUCAUACACCAAUGGCAAUUUAUCGAGUACCUCGCAUUCACCCGCACCACUAGAUUCCCCGUACAGUUCACGGGCUCAAUGGGCUGGAUCUUAUCAACAGAACUCGCGACCCGCUUCAUCAUCAUCACUUCAUCCUGCCAAUGGCACACAGCAUUUCGCUAUUCGACCACCGCCUUCACCUGGCGGAUACCAGUAUUCGGGCGUCACGAGUCCGCCGGCUACGGGUGGACAGGGCAUGCGAUUACCGCCCAUCCAGACGGAGGCGCCGAGCACAUCACAUUAUGGGUCUGCACUACCGCCUCCGCCUCUGCCGCAGGAUAGUUUUUAUGGGGGGUGGAGGAGCGAUGGGAGUUAUUCGGGGAGUCCUGGGUAG